CGCGUCAAGUCGCGUGUCCUGUUGCCUUAUUGGCUAGUUAGACGCAUUCACCCCCCCACCCCAACUCCGGCGCGCGCGUAAUUGCGUUUCGCCGUCCUAUUGGCUGGUAUAGCCCAUGCGCCGUGGAGCUCUAGAAGGCGCGGGCAUGCGGGCCGGCGAUUGGCUGGGUGGACGCGUGCGCCUUCCCGCCCCUCAGCCGCUGUCCGCCCGUCGCUUGGUGGGUCCCAGGCGGCGCUCUGUCCCCUGCCGCUAUCAUGGCGGCCGCCGCGGACGAGCCGUUCCCCUUCCACGGGCUCUUGCCCAAGAAAGAGACGGGCGCCGCCUCCUUCCUCGGCCGCUACCCGGAGUACGACGGGCGCGGGGUGCUGCUGGCCGUGCUGGACACCGGCGUGGAUCCCGGCGCGCCCGGCAUGCAGACUACAACUGAUGGGAAACCUAAAAUAAUUGAUAUAAUUGAUACAACAGGUAGUGGUGAUGUAAACACGUCUACCAUAGUAGAACCCAAAGAUGGAGAAAUUAUAGGUCUUUCGGGAAGAACUCUGAAGAUUCCAACAAAUUGGGUAAAUCCUUCAGGCAAGUAUCACAUUGGCAUAAAAAAUGGCUAUGAUUUCUAUCCAAAAGCUCUUAAGGAGAGGAUUCAGAAAGAACGCAAGGAAAAACAAUGGGAUCCUGUUCACAGGCUUCUACUAGCAGAAGCUUGUAGGAAACUAGAUGAGUUUGAUGCAGUUCACAGCUCUCCCUCACAAGCAACUAAAUUAAUGAAGGAAGAAUUUCAGAGUCAAGUAGAACUGUUGAAUUCUUUGGAGAAAAAAUACAAUGAUCCUGGUCCUGUAUAUGAUUGCUUAGUAUGGCAUGAUGGUGAGACCUGGAGAACCUGUAUUGAUACAAGUGAAUGUGGCGACUUCACUAAGUGCACUGUGUUGGGAACCUACAAAGAGAAACAAGAAUAUGGAUCUUUUGGCAUGACAGAAAUGUUGAAUUACUCUGUGAACAUUUAUGAUGAGGGGAACCUGCUUUCUAUUGUGACCAGUGGAGGAGCACAUGGGACACAUGUAGCUAGUAUUGCUGCUGGAUAUUUUCCAGAAGAGCCAGAACGAAAUGGUGUGGCUCCUGGAGCUCAGAUUCUUGCAAUCAAGAUUGGUGAUACAAGACUAAGCACAAUGGAAACUGGCACUGGCCUAAUAAGAGCUAUGAUAGAAGCUAUGAAAUACAAGUGUGAUCUUGUCAACUACAGCUAUGGAGAAGCAACACACUGGCCAAAUUCUGGGAGAAUUUGUGAAGUAAUUAAUGAAGCCGUAUGGAAACACAACGUAAUCUAUGUUUCAAGUGCAGGGAAUAAUGGUCCUUGCCUUUCUACCGUGGGAUGCCCAGGUGGAACUACAUCUAGUGUAAUAGGUGUUGGUGCAUAUGUAUCACCUGAUAUGAUGGUUGCUGAAUAUUCUUUGAGAGAGAAACUACCAGCGAACCAGUAUACAUGGUCUUCCAGAGGCCCUAGUACCGAUGGAGCCCUUGGAGUGAGUAUCAGUGCGCCAGGAGGAGCUAUUGCUUCUGUUCCUAACUGGACUUUACGAGGAACACAGCUCAUGAAUGGCACAUCUAUGUCUUCACCUAAUGCAUGUGGAGGCAUUGCUUUAGUACUAUCAGGACUCAAAGCUAAUGAUGUUCAUUAUACUGUUCAUUCUGUCAGAAGAGCUUUAGAAAAUACUGCAGCGAAGGCUGAAAAUAUAGAAGUGUUUGCACAAGGACAUGGUAUUAUUCAGGUUGAUAAAGCUUAUGACUACCUCAUUCAAAAUUCAUCAUUCACAAGUAAAAUAGGUUUUACUGUUACUGUUGGAAACAACCGUGGAAUCUACCUCAGAGAUCCUGUCCAGAUAGCUGCACCUUCUGACCGUGGGGUUGGCAUAGAACCUGUUUUUCCUGAGAAUACAGAAAACACCGAAAGAAUCUCUCUCCAACUUCAUUUAGCUUUAACUUCAAAUGCAGCAUGGGUUCAGUGUCCCAGUCAUUUAGAGCUCAUGAACCAAUGUAGGCAUAUUAAUGUACGUGUGGACCCACGUGGUCUGAGAGAAGGACUACACUACACAGAGGUGUGUGGUUAUGAUAUAGCAACGCCUAAUGCAGGCCCUUUGUUCAGAGUUCCAAUAACUCUUAUUAUACCAGCAAGAAUAGAUGAAUCUUCACACUAUGACCUUUCAUAUACUGAUGUGCAUUUUAAGCCUGGUCAAAUCCGAAGACACUUCAUUGAGGUUCCUCAAGGAGCUACAUGGGCUGAAGUUACAGUAUGUUCCUGCUCAACUGAUGUGGCUGCCAAGUUUGUUCUUCAUGCAGUUCAACUAAUGAAACAAAAAGCAUAUAGAAGCCAUGAGUUCUAUAAAUUCUCAUCCUUACCAGAAAAAGGAUCAGUGACUGAAGCGUUUCCUGUCUUAGGUGGAAAAACUAUUGAAUUUUGUAUUGCUCGUUGGUGGGCCAGUCUUAGUGAUGUCAGCAUUGAUUACACAAUUUCCUUCCAUGGCAUAGUUUGUGCUGCUACUCAGUUAAACAUACAUGCUUCAGAAGGCAUUGUCCGUUUUGAUGUUCAGUCCACACUGAAAUAUGAAGAUAUUGCUCCUUGCAUAAAUCUGAAAAGCUGGAUCCAGACGCUCAGACCAGUGAGCGCUAAAAUAAAACCUUUAGGAUCCAGAGAUGUUUUGCCAAAUAAUCGUCAACUAUAUGAGAUGAUUUUGACGUACAACUUUCAUCAACCUAAGAGUGGGGAAGUGACUCCAAGCUGUCCACUGCUUUGUGAAUUGUUGUAUGAAUCUGAAUUUGACAGCCAGCUGUGGAUUAUAUUUGACCAGAACAAAAGACAAAUGGGGUCAGGUGACGCUUAUCCACAUCAGUAUUCCCUGAAACUGGAGAAAGGAGAUUACACUAUUCGGUUACAAAUCCGUCAUGAACAGAACAGUGAACUGGAUCGCAUCAAAGACCUUCCAUUUGUUGUUUCUCACAGGUUGUCUAAUACUUUGAGCUUAGAUAUUUAUGAAAACCAUAGCCUUGCUCUCUUAGGAAAGAAGAAAUCAAACAGUUUGACAUUGCCACCAAAACACAGUCAUCCAUUCUUUGUUACAUCUCUGCCUGAUGACAAAAUACCUAAAGGAGCAGGACCAGGAUGUUAUCUUGUAGGAGCUCUGACAUUGUCUAAGACGGAACUUGGAAAGAAAGCUGGGCAGUCUGCAGCAAAACGACAAGGAAAAUUUAAAAAGGAUGUAAUUACUGUUCAUUACCAUCUGAUACCAUCACCAACAAAGACUAAGAAUGGCAGCAAGGAGAAAGAAAGGGAACCAGAAAAAGAAAAAGACAUAAAGGAGGAAUUUGCUGAAGCUUUAAGAGACCUGAAGAUACAAUGGAUGACUAAGCUGGAUACCAGUGACAUGUAUAAUGAAUUGAAAGAAGCCUUUCCUAAUCAUCUUCCCUUGUAUGUUGCAAGACUCCAUCAGCUGGAUUCUGAAAAGAUGCCUCGACUUGAAGUGACUGCUCUGGCUAUACUGAGUGCAGUGAGCUAGAAACUUUUAACUUACUCAGAAUCAAAAGCAUUUACCAUUGCACAAACCAGUGCAUUUUUACAAGGCUAUAAAUGUGAAUGCUUAGCAUCUCUUUCAUUGUUCCCAGCAUAUCAGAGAAACAGCUUGAUUGGUUUAUUGGUUGUUUGUGGGAAAAAUUACUGAGGUAAAGAAAAAGUAAAGAAAAAUGGGUUUUCUAUCUAGCUCUGAAAGGAGUGAGAAGUCCAUGGUUGCCUCUUCGUUGCAGGAGUGAAUUUCAUAGUUUAGUUUUUUCUACUGUUAAAACUCUGUCUUCUCCAUUCAUGAACUUCUCAUGAUGACUGACACUUUCAUGUUUCCAGUGCAAUGUGGCUGAUGUGUGGGAGAUAAGGAUCAUGGAGAAAAGCAAUCUCUUGGGUAGCUAGGAUCAAUCCCAGUGACCUUUACUUGGGGAAGCAUUUCAGAAACCAGAGCACUGGGGUCAGAUCAGUGUGACCAGUGUAGCUAACUACACAGGUUGGUGCAUUUUGUGCCAGAUGUAGGUUUUUCAGUCUCCAUGGCUUUAUUUCUACAUAUGAGUUGCUAUAAUCAAGCUUGGAGUUUGUGAAUGCAAGGAUCAGUAUGGACAGGUUAGUGUCUAACGUUGAACUCUUUAAAAAGAGAAAGUGUUUCAGUCCUGCUGCCUUGUUGCAGAUAUUUGAAGUAUAUCAAAGCACUUCUGUAUUUGUAUACUUUUCAAAGUAAAUGCUCAAUCUAUAGCCUUUUAUAUGAAAGGGUUUUGUUUUUGUUUUACUCUAGGGAGGCUUACAAAGUACUGAACUCAGUAUUUGUAGCUCUAGCUUCUUGGAGAGCUCCUCAGAUGGCACCUUCUCCCCUUGAAUAGCCAUUCAGAUGGAUACAGUUGGAACCUGUUACAUCAUUUGAUACUGAUUGAAAGAUGGAGAGGGAUUCCCUCCUUCUGGUUGCCAGCACAGCCGAGCAAAGUUUUUUUUCCCAGUCUCUCACUGAUUAUAUCUUAGUCCCAAGAUUUAGUACGAUGUAAGGGUAGGGUGACUUCUUGUUAAUUCCAUCUUCUGGGAAUGGACCAUCUAGCAAUGGGUUGGCUUAAUGGUGACUUGCAUUGCUUUCGGAGAUCUAAUCCAAAGGUCAAUGACCUUAGCCAUAAACUAUAAAGCCCUUACAGAUGGUUUCUUCAUGAGAUAGACUAACUGUUCUUGAGGUGGAGGGUCUGCUCACAUGUCUUUCAGGUGAAUAAGCACUUACCCUCCAUUUUCAAAGGUAGACUGCUCAGGUCCUUAGCAGAUGGUGGUCUUGUCCUCUUUCUGUAGCAGACAGCUGUUGCACAAAUUCUCUCUGUUCAUCUAUCUCCUGUUCAUCACCAUGAUAAUGUGAGCUCCUAACAUUCCACCUUCUUCCUCUUCUUUUGGUUUUAAUUCUUUCUUUUGCAGGAUGCACUGCCCCAGACUUUAUACAAAACUUCAGAAGCCCAAUCUCCUUUAUGCAUAGGAAGCCUGGAUUCUGUAUCCCUAGCUAGCUUGUCUCAAAUCAUGAUCACCUCUUUGGCUGCUGUCUGUAACCCCAUUCUUCUUCAUUCUUGUGUCACUAAGAUUGUACGGUUGGUCUUGUGGUUUGGCCUUCUGGUUAAGGCACUGUACUGUGACUUGGGAUAUCUGGGAUCAGGCCCCAGAUCCCUCACAUAUCUUGUGUGACGUACUGGGUCUUUGCCAUCUAUAAAAUAAGUACUGACACUUUCAUUGUCUGUCUUGCUUUUUUAAAUUACAAGCUCCUUGAAGCUGGGAUCUCCAUCUUACUAUCUUAAAAUCUUAGAGUUUAAGGUCAGGCGAGACCUAGAUCAUCAUCUGAUCUCCUGCACAUCAGAGGCCAUUAAACCCCUCCAGUUCCCCCUCUAUUGAGCCCAAUAACCUGGAUCAGAGUAAAGUAUUACAGCCCUCAGGAGACUAAACUGUUGUUUGCCACAGGCAAAGCAUAAGAGGGACUGAGGUCCACCAAUGCCCAAGGCCUUGCAAUGAACGUCAGGGAAAUGAUUUGGCAAGAUACCCUAAUAAUCCUAGCAAGUGACCCACACUCCAGGCUGCAGAGGAGGGUGAAAAAUCCAAGUUCCCUGCCAAUUUGGACUGGGGGAAAAAUUGCUUCCCAAACCUGAAAAUAGCAAUUUGACUCUGAGCAUGUGAGCGAGAUCCACCAGCCAGAUAUGAGAGAAUUUUCACUACCACUUCAGAGCACCAACCUGCCUGUCCAGUAUCCCAUCUCCAGCCAUGGCAAUCUGUGCUUCAGAGGCACAAAACAAACCCAGAGCACCUUGGAGGUGAGGAAAAAAUAUUUUCCUUCCUGAGCCAUGCAGACCACAUGAAGCUUGUUGGGGCCUAUAGGCAUGACUGGAAUAUAAAAAAAAUAGUAAGUUUUUUGUGUCAAGGACUUCUAAAAUAUGGGGUUUUAUGGCACUAAGCACAAUAUGACCUCAGUCAUGUCUAGACUAUAGAAAUGUAAAUAAGUAAAUACAUUUCAGAAACUAUUUGUAUUGCCAUGUACUUGUGACUUCAGUAACGUUAAUAAUAUAAAGUGUUAAA